GAGACUAGUUUGACCCGCGGGCGGCCGCCGUAGUGCGUCGCCCCGGUUGCCGUGGGAAACGACCCGGGACCUGGGAGGGGAUGAAGACGUUUCCCGCCGGCGGGAGCUGCGGCUGUGGCUGAGCGAAGGGGGCACCCAGAAUCCGCGGGGUCCAUUGCUGCAGCACCAUGGCGGACCAGCUUUAUCUGGAAAACAUAGACGAGUUCGUCACGGACCAGAACAAAAUCGUGACGUACAAGUGGCUGAGCUAUACACUUGGGGUUCAUGUUAACCAGGCCAAACAGAUGCUGUAUGAUUAUGUUGAAAGGAAACGAAAAGAAAAUUCAGGAGCCCAACUGCAUGUCACCUACUUGGUAUCUGGCAGUCUCAUCCAGAAUGGACAGCCUUGCCACAAGGUUGCAGUAGUGAGAGAAGACAAAUUAGAAGCAGUGAAGUCCAAGCUAGCUGUGACUGCCAGCAUCCAUGUGUACAGCAUCCAGAAAGCCAUGCUAAAGGACAGUGGGCCUCUGUUCAAUACUGACUAUGACAUCCUUAAAAGCAACUUGCAGAACUGCAGCAAGUUUAGUGCCAUACAAUGUGCAGCUGCUGUCCUCAGACCUCCUGCAGAAUCCUCAUCUUCCAAAAAGUUAGAACAAUCGAAUCUUCAGGUAUCAAGUGAACCACAAGUGAAUAAUGAACCAACUACCAAUGGUCAGGGCCCACCCGCCUCCAAACCGGUUACCCAGCAACCCAAAGGAAUUAUGGGAAUGUUUGCUGCUAAAGCUGCUACUAAAGCCCAAGAUGCCAACAAGGAAACCAAAACAGAGGCUAAAGACAUAACAAAUGCAUCUUCCACAGGCAGCAAGGCACCCGGGAAAGGCAAUGUGCUGAGUAACUUUUUUGGAAAAGCUGCAAUGAAUAAAGUGAAUUUGGAUUCAGAACAAACAGUUAAAGAAGAAAAAACAGCAGAGCAAUCUCCUGUGUGUGUCCCUGAACCGAAGCUGGCAGCUCCUGUAGGCCUGAAGAAUCCCAGCAGAAAAGCAGAGCCUGUUAAGAUGCAGCAGAAGGAAAAAAAAAGGGGGAAGCGAGUGGAGUUAUCUGAUGAUGAGACGAAGGAAACUGAGAAUAUGAAGAAAAAGAGGAGAAGAAUCAAGCUUCCUGAUUCUGAUAGCAGUGAAGAUGAAGUCUGCCUAGACUCUCCUGGGGCUUAUGAAGCUGAACCGUCACCCCCACCUCCACCUGUGUCUCCACCUCCUGAGCCAGUGCCAAAGACUGAACCUGAGCCUCCUUCCAUCAAGAACUCAAGAGGAGAAAACAGAAGAAAACGAAGGCGUGUCCUGAAAUCUAAGACCUUUGUGGAUGUAGAAGGCUGCAUGGUGACCGAGAAGAUCUACGAGAGUGAGUCCUGCACAGAUAGUGAAGAGGAGCUUAAGGUGAAGACAGCCUCUCUACACAGACCCCCUGCUGUGGCUUUGAAAAAGGAACUCAAAGAGGAACGAAAGGGCCCCAAGAAAGGGACUGCUUCUCUGGGCAAAGCCAACAGACAAGUGUCCAUCACUGGCUUCUUCCAGAGGAAAUAAACUGCCAUUUCUGGGAGGCCAGAGAUUUGGAGUGGUCAAGGGAAGAGACCAAGAAGUACUGACUCUCACUUACUGUGUAAGUUCAGUCAGCUCCUCACCUCACUUAUAUCAAGACUGUAUUUCCAUCCUGUGAGGUGUAUACUAUUUCUGGUUUUUAACCAAAAGGAAAUCACCUACAAGCAGGAUGCAGAAGAUUUAAAAAGCUGUUACUUUCAAUGACAUGAGCACAACUUUGGCCUGCAAGAUGAAAAAUUCACUUCACAACUGAACUGGAACAUGUUUCAGAAUCACCACUGAAGCACUUUGGUGAUGAGUCUGCUGUCCCUCUCAUCCUGUGCCCUGACCUGGCCAUGGCUCAGAAUGUGUGCUUCCUUAUUCCUUGUGUUCUGUGAACUUGAGUGCUUUUAUCCUCAGUUCUACUGGAUGUGUCUACCAUUCCCUGCUCCCCUUCCCAUGACAAUGCUUCUGGCGCUUAUCCCCAAGAAGCUGUUUAUCUUUUUGCUCUUGAACUAAAGACAAACAGAAAUCUCCCUGUGAUUGUCGUCGUGCAUGAGACAGCACACUCAUACCUGGCUGCACACCAACACAUGGCUUCUGUGCCACCUGUUUGGUGAAAGCUUUCUGAAAGUUGACUUACAGUCAGAGGUUAGGAAAAGCAAGCGGCAGCUGGUUGAUGGAUUGGACUCCACCAGAAGCAAAGAGCAUAGGGGAGCUGACCUGUUGCUGGCCCAGGCCAUGCCCCAACCCUGCUCUAUGUGGCUUGUUGCUCCCCACACCCCUCUCACUGCCCACACCUAGAGAGGGAGACCCUUCACUGAGUUUACAGGGAAAACCCUUCCUCCAGAGAGCAAAGAAGGUGCUGUGCUCAAUGUCUCCCUCUCCGGGAAAUGAAAUGUUGAGAAAGGGCAGCUUCCCAUAAAAUCAGUGAGGAAGCUAGGACGUAUGUUUGUGCACAAAUGUUGCCCCUCUGUAUUUUCAUCUACUAAAAACUGCAGGUACAGGCUCUCCAAGAAGAGAUAGAGAAAACUACUAAAUUGUGGCAGGAUCUAAGCAUGGAAUGAAACAUUUUCCUCUGUUAUCCUGGAAAACCUCCUGUUCUGAUGAUAAUUGUCAGGUGACUUCUGUUACAGCAGGCCUGGUGGUGAGCUCUGUGCAUUGACUGCUGUGGAGGUGAUCUCGCAUGGUGAGCUCUGAGGGAAGGGAACCCAGGCUGGGCUUUGGUGAUAUGACUCACCCGCAGCAGACAAGCCAUGUCUGACCUGCCCCUGCCGCCUCAGCCUGGUUGUGUCGUAAGUGACGCAAUCAGCAGUCUACUGCUGAAGGUUAGCCUUGUGCCUGACCUUGGGAUUAACACAGGCUCCUUUAGCAGUCAAGCAUGGACUUGAUUAAGACCAGAAGCUGAGGAGAUGAGUCCUGGUGUUACGUCUAGUGCUUGAGAAGGCAGACGCUUUGUACAGCAUGCCGAGUGAAAGUUGACAUGUUCCCAAGAUGCUUUCUUUUUAAAAUGAAAAAGAUUGGAAAGCCUGAAAGCUUGACCCACCCCCUGAAAAAAAAUUCUGGAAAGGAAUCCCUUUUAAAUGGUUAUUUUUGUCAUUGCCUCUAGUCACUUUUUUCAAAAUAGGAAUGGAAAAUUUAAAGAAAAGGGCAACAGCCCAGUCUCUCUUUUUCUAAUUAUUGUGCUGGGAUCUCUAAUAAAAACUGAAUUUGAAUUGGAAAAAUGUGGUGCUGGUUGGAGUACCAUCUUUCAAGGGAUAAUGCAGAUUCUCUGAUGUCUCUGACCCAAUAUGCGGCUUCAACUCUCAGCUGUCUGCGAGGCUUACUAAGUAUGAAAUAGUGUUUUUUUUUUCCCUUCUCUUUUUAUGCAGUAGUCUCCCUUGUUAAAUAAAUUCAAGCAAUUGUUUUAAAACAGA